AUCGUGGUCUUGUGCCUGGGCAAGGGGAAACCAAAACAACUUACUACCACAGAAUAUAUGAUAAUUUCAUCUAUUCUGUGUUACUACUGGUAGACGACCUUCGCGACUGCUGAAGUGGCACUUCGGUUUGAAGUGCUAAGCAUGGAUAAAACAACACUAGAAGUGUUAAGUUAAACGUUUCACGUAGUUUGUAGGAAGCCGGAAGGUAUACCUAUUUACACGUUUCUUUCUAUUAUAUUAAAAUUAAUGUCAUCACUAUAAUAACAAUUCAUACACUGUUAAUCUGUCAAUGAUCGUUCGCAAGUCGCAAUUGUUAUUUUUUUUUUUUUUAUCACCAUUACACUGAAGAAGAACAAAACGUGAUAACUAGCAAUGGACGACGAUGGACCACAAAGAUCCAAACAGUACCUGACCACAAUUUUGGACCACGCCGAAAUGCUCAUUGAAAACAUACGAAAAGAGGCUUUGAAAAUGGCCGAGGAUCUUGAAAAUGUCUACAGCAGCGUGGAAGACGUGAGAAAUUCCGAACUGCUGGACCAUCUGAGCGACGUUGACAAAGAAGACAUUAAUCAGUUUGCCAAUCGUAUCAUAGAUAGAUGUGAAACUGUUAACAUCAAUGUGCUCACCACCAGGAGUGAAAGUCAGCAAAAUUGUUUGGAAGAAAUCAACACAAUGAUUGACAGAAUAGUGAAUACAUUGAGGGAGGAUCCCGAUAAUGCCAAGGCUAUGUGUCAGUCAUACAUAGCUUCAUGUAGUCCAUUGGAAAAUGAGCUUGGCUGUAAAGUGUUUGAGACAGCCGUCUUGGGGUGUACCCUCGACGAUCAGAAACGUAUUAUUAAACGACUACAAGGACUGUUGGAUUACAUUAUGGGAUCUAAAGACAAGUAGCUUGACAAGCUUGUCAGUAAUUUACAACAUUUCCAUUUGUUUAACUAUUAUUAACUUUCGUCACUAACAUAAUCUUAAAUUUAACUACUGAUUUUCCUGACAAACAUAGUGAUAUCAAUUGUUUUUCAAUAUUGUUAUUUUGUUUCAUAUUUUAUUAAUUACACAUCAAACAUUUUUGUAUUGGAAAAGUUAUUGUUUAAACUAUUACGGUAUGACACAAGAGUUCUUAAAGAUAUUUUUUUUCUUUUGUCUUAUUUUUCCAGAUCUCAAUUUUAUUGUAGUUGAAGAACUUCUGUUGUGGUAUGGAACUGCACCAAAUGAACCUUGAAAUAUAUAUAAAAAAAAAAAUUGCAAUAUUAGGGAAUAGUUUUCAUGUUUAAUAAUUAAAACUAGAUUUAAGUCACUUAAAUCUUUCAGAUAAUAUUUUACUAUUUUAGAUACAUUAUUACUAAUAAUUACUAUAAUAUAAAGUGACAUAUUUUGUCUU